GGGAGUCUCACCCUAGCAACAGCAAGAUUAUAAACGAUGAGAGUUCUCAAUUUUAGCUAGGUAACUGUUUGACAAUUCAGACGUUUUGUUUACAUUUACAGUGAAAGAAAAUUAAAUGUGAGUUUUCCAUAAUUUCCGAAAUGGACAAACUGCAGGCAGAAGAUGCACGGUACUUGAAAAGGAAAGUAAAACGGGGGAGUUUGGAUGUCCACCCGACAGAGAAAGCCCUCGUUGUUCAGUAUGAGGUGGAGGCGACUAUCCUCGGCGAAAUGGGGGACCCGAUGGUUGGAGAACGCAAGGAGUGUCAGAAAAUCAUCCGCCUUAAAAGCUUAAACGCCAACACAGAUAUCACCACGCUGGCUCGCAGGGUGGUGGAGGAAUGCAGGCUCAUUCAUCCAUCUAAACUUCCAGAGGUGGAACAACUGCUGUUCUACCUGCAGAACCGCAAGAAGCCAGACAAACAAGAGAAACAUUCGCCCAGAGACCUCACACCAUUUGAGGGGAUGGAGCUGGAUGAGGAGGCCAACAUCAACUGCAUAGAUGACUAUGUGGAGCUGCUGUAUGAAGACAUCCCAGAGAAGGUCAGGGGAGCCACUCUCAUUCUCCACCUCGCCCGCAACCCUGACAACCUGGAAGAGCUCCUGCAGAAUGAAACGGCCCUGGGAGCUCUGGCCAGAGUCCUGAGGGAGGACUGGAAACAGAGCGUUGACAUGGCAACUACCAUUAUCUAUGUCUUCUUCUGCUUCUCCAGUUUCUCCCAGUUUCAUGGGCUAGUGACCCACUAUAAGAUCGGAGCCCUCUGUAUGAACAUCACUGAACACGAGCUGAAGAGGUACGACCUCUGGCAGGAUGAACUGCAGAAGAAGAAGAAGGCUUAUGAAGAGGACCCUGACAACCAGAAUGUGAAGAAGGAACAUGAGAAAGCCUUGAAGAAAUACCAGGGCCUCCUGAGCAAGCAGGAGCAGCUUCUACGAGUGGCUCUGUACCUGUUGUUAAACCUGGCUGAGGACACACGCACAGAGCUGAAAAUGAGGAACAAGAACAUCGUCCACAUGCUGGUGAAGACCCUGGACCGGGAGGACGAGGAGCUACUGGUGCUCGUGGUCUCCUUCCUCAAGAAACUCAGCAUCUUCCUGGAGAACAAGAACGACAUGGCAGAGACUCAUGCGGUGGAGAAACUGGCCAGGCUGCUGGCCUGUGAUCAUGAGAACCUACUGAACACUACCCUGCGUCUGCUCCUCAACCUCUCCUUUGACACAGGCCUCCGCAGCCAGAUGGUUCAGGCUGGACUCAUCCACAAACUCUCCUUAAUGCUAGCUGACGAGAAGCAGGGACAGCUGUGUAUGUGCAUUCUGUACCACAUCAGUGUGGAUGACCGAUUCAAGUCCAUGUUUGCCUACACAGACUGCAUACCACAGUUGAUGAAGAUGCUGUUUGAGUGUGGUGAGAGCCACAUGGAACCUGAGCUCAUCUCCUUCUGCAUCAACCUGGCUGCCAACAAGAGGAACGCACAGGUCAUCUGUGAAGGUAAUGGUCUGAAGAUGCUGAUGAAGAGGGGUCUGAAGUUAAAGGAUGUUCUUAUUAUGAAGAUGAUCAGGAACUUGUCACAACAUGACGGACCCACCAAGAACCUCUUCAUAGACUAUGUGGGUGACCUAGCGGCUCAGAUUGGAGCAGAGGAGAGGGAGGAGUAUGUGAUAGAGUGUCUGGGGACUCUGGCUAACCUCACCAUCCCUGACCUGGACUGGGAACUGGUGCUGAAGGAGUACAACCUGGUGCCCUACCUCAAAGACCACCUCAAACCAGGCUCGGCAGAGGAUGACCUUAUCCUAGAGGUGGUGAUCAUGAUAGGGACGGUGUCCAUGGACGACUCCUGUGCUGCCACAAUGGCCAAGUCUGGCAUCAUCCCUGCUCUCAUCGAGCUGCUCAACGCCCAACAGGAGGAUGAUGAGUUUGUGUGUCAGAUUGUCUAUGUGUUGUACCAGAUGGUGGUCCACCAGGCCACCAGGGACGUCAUCAUCAAGGACACACAGGCUCCUGCCUACCUCAUUGACCUGAUGCACGACAAGAACGCUGAGAUACGGAAAGUCUGUAACAACACACUGGACAUCAUUGCUGAGUAUGAUAAGGAGUGUGAGAGAAAGAUCCAGAGUGAGAAGUUCCGCUGGCACAACUCCCAGUGGUUAGAGAUGGUGGAGAACAGAGCCAUGGGAGACGACGGAGAACCCUUCAUGUUUGGAGACGAUGGAGAAGCAUUCAUGCACAAUGGAGACAUUCUGGAGAGACCCGACCUCUUCUACACCGCAGAUGGGAUCAUCCCAGCAGAUGGUACCAUCAGCCCAGAGUUCUUCACAGACUACCAGAACGGAGACAUUGGCCAGGCUGGAGGCUUUCCCGGCAGUAUGAAUCCGGAUAUGUUUGGACAGUCGACGGUGACCCCUGGACAGCGCCCUGCCACGACCUACGGCACCCGGCCAGACGAGCAGUUCUUCUACAGCUACGCUGGUGCAGCUUCCAGAUGAACCAGGUUAACUUCACUAUACCACAGAGACUGACUGCAGCUAUAUCUCAUCUAGCCAGGUUAACUUCACUAUACCACAGAGACUGACUGCAGCUAUAUCUCAUCAAGCCAGGUUAACUUCACUAUACCACAGAGACUGACUGCAGCUAUAUCUCAUCUAUCCAGGUUAACUUCACUAUACCACAGAGACUGACUGCAGCUAUAUCCCAUCUAGCCAGGUUAACUUCACUAUACCACAGAGACUGACUGCAGCUAUGUCCCAUAUAGCCAGGUUAACUUCACUAUACCACAGAGACUGACUGCAGCUAUGUCUCAUCUAGCCAGGUUAACUUCACUAUACCACAGAGACUGACUGCAGCUAUGUCCCAUCUAUCCAGGUUAACUUCACUAUACCACAGAGACUGACUGCAGCUAUAUCCCAUCUAGCCAGCUAUGCUUUGUGGUCAUGAAGGAGUAUCAACACUCCUUCCUGUAUGUUCAACUGCACCUUGGUAUCUCAGCUGAUCCCUUCUAGUGCUGUAGUCCAAACUCUAGCAGUGAUGUUGUUGCUGUUUUAUUGAAUGAAAACAUUACAUCUUAAGCUACCUAAGUGAUGUUGUUGCUGUUUUAUUGAAUGAAAACAUUACAUCUUAAGCUACCUAAGUGAUGUUGUUGCUGUUUUAUUGAAUGAAAACAUCACAUCUUAAGCUACCUAAGUGAUGUUGUUGCUGUUUUAUUGAAUGAAAACAUCACAUCUUAAGCUACCUAAGUGAUGUUGUUGCUGUUUUAUUGAAUGAAAACAUCACAUCUUAAGCUACCUAAGUGAUGUUGUUGCUGUUUUAUUGGAAUAUUAUACAUCUCAAUGUUCACUACAAGUAUGUAUUUCUGUAGCAUAAUACAACAACACAAACUCAAAUUAAUUAACUGAAUUAUUCAAUUAUACUUUCAUGAUAUAUGUUGUACUGGGGUUCAUUGUUUUUCUGAUCAACGCUACUUUCCAUAGGAUGUUUUUUUUCCCUCUUCAAAUUCCAGAAGGUUGGUUGGUAUGGCACAGUCUUAUUGUCCACUAGCUGCACUAGCUGCAUGCUGUAACAGGCCAUUUUAUAGAUGACCUCAUUCUGGAGACUGACAGUUGAGAUGUUCUCCAUCUUUUCUGUCUUUGCAGUCUCUCUCUCUCUUUCUGUCUCUCUCUCUGUCUCUCUCUUUCUGUCUCUCUCUGUCUGUCUCUCUCUUUCUGUCUCUCUUCUGUCUCUC